AUGGCAAACGUAAGAUUCAGAAUAUAUAAGGAUAACCCCAAUAAAUACAAAAACAAUUUUAGAAAACGGAUUGGGAUUGUGCCUUUAAAGGUGAAAAGUCAUCAGUUUACAAAUAUUCAAAGAAAAAAAGAAUCCUUGAAAGACAAAGAAAGACAACAAUUAAAGAGCAAAAAGGCAGCAUUCUCAAUCACAGAAAAUGAGUUAAUAGAGUUACCAGGAACUGUUACACCGCCAACACCUUUAAUAACACCAGAUUCCACUAUGAGGGAUUCGGAUGUUCAAUAUACUUCGACACCUAAUAAAUAUAAAUUUUCAGAAAGAGUUUGCAAUGUUUCAAAGAUAAAUCAGCUAUUAGGCAAAUCAGCUGUUCCCAUAUUCCAAAAGCAUGUCAGCUUUAAGCCGCAAAGAAACUAUGAAAUGAUCCCUUUAAAAUACGACUUGAAGAAAAGACAAAAGUGGAUGAAAAUAUGCUUCUUGCAAGCCAAAAAGGCUGCACGUAAAAACAAAAGAAAGUUUCCGGUCACUUUGAUAAUUGAUUUUCACAGAGAUGGUGAUCUUAUCAGUUAG